UCGUAUUUUGAACAGUCUCCUGACUUGACAAGACCCACAACCUGAAACCCAAAAAAAAACUUCGGUUUUCACUGUUCACAUCCAAAGCUCGCAUAAUUUCCAAUAAAAUUUUCUACAUUUUUGUUGUUUGCUAAAGAACCCGAUUUGCUCUUAAGGCUCUCUCCCACUGCCAAUUCCAAUUUCUAGUAUUAGAAAGGGAUCUUUAACAUGGAUGAGAAUGUGUGCAGAACUUGUCUUGAAUGAGUUUUGCAUGUAUGGAGUUGUGAAGCAACAUCAGAUAAGCAUACUACUUAAGGAUUGAUGCUUUUGUGAUGUUGGGUGGAUUCUUUAAGAGGUUGUAUCAGUAGUAGCUAAUUAUUGUUUGGAAGAUCCUUACAAGCUUUUCACAGCAGAAAGCAUAAGUGGAAAAGUUGUAUGUUGUAACAAAGGUUUUGACCCGUUUGCUUGAGAGAUGGAUAUUGCACAGAAUGCUAAUAUAUCUGGUGGGAAUCUCUCUCUGAUAACAUCUAUUGAUCAAAACGAUCAAGGUAGAAGCCAUCAUGAUAUUAUGAUGCGCCGUCUAAAAAAUAGAGAACGGCAACGUAGAUAUAGAGCUCGGAAACGUCUUGCAGCUGAGAGAAUGCUGACAUCCCAUCCAGUGCAGUACCUGGAAGCCGAUACAAAGAAGGCACCUGCCUCUAUGCCACUGCCCAAAGAGAUCAAGCGGAGGCGGCGGAGGAAGAAGGAAAGUAGCAUGGAUCAAUUUACUGCAACUCAAAUAGAAAUGCCUUUGCAUUACACUGAAGCUGAUUCAAAGAAGGGACCCACCUCCCUUCCCCUGCCCAAAGAGAUUAAGCGGAGGCGACGGAGGAAGAAGGAAAUUACCAUGGAUCAAUUUAUGCCGGUGCAUGUACAAAUGCCUUUGAGUGACACUCCUCAAGAGUUUGCAACUCGGGUACACAGCCGAAGAGAUUGGAAAAGAGAUGCGAGAAGGGCCCACGCAUUGAAAGAGCAAGAAGUUAGAAUUCAUGGCCCUGUUAUUCCGGUGGUAACAUCUGUUAGUGCAAGCCAAGUCCAGUCUUUUGCUUCUGCCUUCUAUCCUCAUUCAGACAAAGAAUGUCAGACACGUGGGGCUAGAGUUGACAAUGAAGCACAAAAGGUGGUGCCUAGCCGAAGACACUGGAAAGAAGAGGCCAGAAAUAGGAAAAGUCAAAAUGCUUAACAAGAAAUCAGCUGUGGGGUGGGUUUGGGUGUUGUGAAUACUCUAGUUCUGUUUCUUUUUUGCUGAGAGUAGUAUUAGGAUAUCUUCUGGCUUUUUUUUUUUUUUUUUUUUUUUUGUAAUAUCUAACUUGUCCUUGUAGUGAAGUUUUUCGUGAUCAAGAUUUGUGUGUAAACUGUUCUCUA